UGGGGACAUAGGCAACUGCCAGAAUGAUUCUGGGAGAAAUGAUGCAUAAAUAUUGGAAAGAAUGUGGGGAAUGUAAUGAUGAAAGAAUGCAUUUAUUUCACUGAGGUAAAUGUUAUUAAAUAUGGGAACUUGUGAAUGAGGAUUUGGGGGUGUGGAUUCAAUCUUAAGGAGUUGGCUGAGAGAUAAAGGAUGUAUUGUUGCUCCGAUGGAGUCUGAGGGACUAGAAACAAACUGAAACAUAACAAAAACAUACGGCACUAUCAGUCGAGGCUGCAUUUAGAAAGAAGCAGACAGAUUCUGGAGGUUCAGGUAAAGGUUCAUCUGGAUCAUGACCCAUUUUGGAUACAUACUCUCCAUUUGUCUUAUUCUGACCACAGUGGUCCAUUGCCAACGUCGUCAACCGAAAACCAAACCUCCCAAGCCUCCAAAGCCUCCAAAGCCUCCCAAGCUUCCCAAGGCUCCAAAAACUCCAAAGCCUGGAAAAGUGAUUGUCAUUGAGCCUACAGAGCCAAGUCAUGUUACAACACUUCCACCACCUCUACCCCCAGGUCCAGCAUCUGUGUACCCCGACUGCCCAAGAGAAUGUAACUGCCCCCCUGACUAUCCUAAUGCACUUUAUUGUGACAGCCGCAAUCUAAGAAUGGUCCCCAUCAUUCCACCUAGGAUCCAUUAUCUCUAUCUCCAAAAUAAUUUCAUUGAUGGUCUUCCAGAACGGGCUUUCAGGAAUGCAACAGAACUCAAAUGGAUCAAUUUGGACAACAACAGGAUUUCGAGCCAAAAGGUUGAUAAGGAGGUUUUCAACAUUCUGAAUAAACUUCUUUUCUUGUACAUGGAUAGAAAUAAAUUAAGUGUAGUUCCCGCAAAUCUUCCAUCCAGUCUGGAGCAACUUCGACUAUCUAGGAAUCAAAUCUCCAAAAUCCCAGCUGGCAGCUUCAGCAAGAUGGAAAAUCUCACUUUACUUGACCUCCACCACAAUAAGCUAUCUGAUAGUAUGUUCAAUAAGAAUACGUUCAAAGGUCUCAAAAGCCUAAUGCAGCUCAACUUGGCUCACAAUUCCUUGAAGAAGAUGCCUCCAACCAUACCUCAGGAUGUCUUCCAACUCUUCUUGGAUAAAAAUCAAAUCAAGGAAAUACCUGGCGACUAUUUCAAGAAUUUACACCAUUUGGCAUUUUUAAGGCUGAAUUUUAACCAGUUGACAGACCAAGGUAUUCCCAAUGGUCUUUUUAAUCUAUCAACUCUCCUAGAUCUCCACCUGUCCAACAACAAACUCAAUUCAAUACCAACCUUUAAUACAAAGCUGGAACACCUGCAUCUCAGCCACAACAAUAUUGGAAAAAUCAAUGGAACUGAAAUCUGCCCAUGUCCCAUCGAUAACAUUGCUUUACAUGCCCAUGAUCUGGAUGUGAUACCACGCCUUCGAUAUCUACGAUUGGAUGGGAAUGCGCUGGCGCCCCCGAUACCAAUGGAAAUAAGGAUGUGUUUCAGACUCCUGCAGGCAAUAGUGGUUUGAAAGCUAGUCCCCUGCAAGUCCCCUUUCCACUCUUGAAACAGAGCCAAUUUUCUCACAGGGCUAUUAGUCCAACUUUCUUUCUGUCAGAUUAUUGCUAUGGUUGUGUUAAAUGAUCAGGCACAAAAUACUGCAGACACGGUUUCUUCCCUUUCAGAUUAUUAUUGUUUCAAUUUGGACACAAAAGUAAUCUAAUAAAUGGGGCCACUACAUUUGUAUUAAACCCUCAAUAGUAUGUGCAAACUUUUGCUUCACAGAAGAAGUAUCAUAUGAAGAGGAAAGACAAGACCAGCUGAUAAGUUCAGUAUGUCGCAUAUAAAUAUGGUUUAGCCUCCAUGCAAGUCAACCUAUCCUGGAAGGAACAAGGGACAAAAAACAGAUUUUAAAAAUGUUAGUAAAUAUUUAGAAAGAAAUAAACUUGAAACUGUAGUGAGCCUUGUACCCACAGAACACAUCUUGUGAAUCCCUCUCUGAUUCUCAAAUACUCCAUUUGUGGUAUUAAGACAAUGAGCAAACAAUGACAUUGAUAUUUGCCCCAGUUGUGGUGCAGAUCAGAAGAAUGCAGAAUCACCUUUUUGUCCAAACUAGUGAAAGCUAAUAUGCCACUUGUUAUGUGAAGUCACUGUAGCAUGGUUUGGUAAUAUCUGCUGGAAAUCUUAAGAUAUACUCCCUUUCUCUUUCUAAUUUGUUGCUAUAUAUCCUUCUCAAUUUAAGACAUUCAGGGAUCAAUGGACUUCCAUGUGAUUUCAACCAAACAAGAUCUGUGCAAUACCAAUGUGAGCUAUCUCUCCUGUAAAUCUAUCAUCAACUACACAUUAAUGCAAGGAAAGAUAACAAAGGCAGCAUCUAUAUGCAUCAUUAGCAAUUGCUCUUGGUAAUUCUUUCAUCCUCCUAUAGCCUUUCUCUCAUUGUUAAUUGUUUACACAGUGUAGCUUUGUCCUACACACUAUCUUAUCAUUUCAUGCACAGUCACUUAAUGUCCGUCAGACUACUUGCAGUUGAAUUUGAGCUGACUUUGAAAUGAUUAAAUAAUCAUUUUGUCCCUUUCCAGCAGCUGGUGCCAUUGAUGUAGAACUAACAGACAAGAUAAUAGCAGAUGUAAUUAUCACUUCCAAAAUUCAUUAGUAUGAGAUCCAGAGAGGAAGGAGGAAAUUAGUGUUUGUAGUAAUUCAAACAUGUUAAAUUGGAUCUAUUUUGCAUUCCACUCGAUUGCACCAAUUUAUUUAAAGUCUGUCUGUCCUCAUGUGGCUUCUUCUGUCAGCUUCUAGAGGAAAAACAGAGAUGCCAUAAGCAUUAGAGUGAGCAAUGUUCUCUAGCUUUAACAUGAUCAUCACAAAUACAUUGCAGUCUUCACAUUGAGAGGCUUAGAUUCUGUAGAGUGUAUCACCUGGCUAUUAAUAAGGUUGUUUCACUACUCUCUUAGCUUGUGCCUUAUAUGUUUUUCAUAAACUCAAACAUCUUUAGAUUCAGGACAAGAAAUAUACCAAAAUACAUACUAAAAUGUAUCCUAAAAGAUGGAACAGAAAAUAGCUUUGUAUUUGGAUCUAUCUUUUCAAGUAUUCAUAUCCAAGAAUGAACAAUCCUGCAUUUAUCCUGGACUAAGGGAUAUCAACAUGUGCAUCAGGAAAUAUCAGGAUAUGAGCUCUGUGCCUAGAAUACAGAAUUUAUGUUUGUUUCAGCUUGCAAACAUGUCUUCUUUAAAGUAGAAAAUGCACACCUUCCAUUAAGAGUAAUAUGUUUCUUAAAUAAAUUAACUUUAAUUUCAGUUGUCUUAAAGUUUAUAUCCACAACCACACUUGAUGAAUUCUGCUUGCUCUAUAACUCGUUCCGAUUCAGUUUGCUAAAAAAGAGUCAUUCUUGAGAGAUCAGUUUUGGUAGCAAGGUCACUAUUUAUUGGCUAAGAUGAUUGCCCUAGAGUAGGUUGUGGUGUGCAAUCUUAUUGAACCUUAGCUGUUGAUUAGUUGGAGAGAUGUCCAAAAUGCUUUUAGACAACGAGUUCCAAGAUUUAACAUCAAUAUUGAUGAAGGAUCGGCAAUUUAUAUCCAUGUUGAGAUGACAUCUGAUUUGAAGUAGAUCUUAAAUGCUGCAAUAUUCCUGAUGAAGUAGUGUCCUAUCCUUCUGGACAUUAUGGUAGCUCAGUGGUUACCACUGCUACCUCACAGCACCAGGGGCCUGGGUUCAUCCCUGUGUGGAGCUUGAACAUUGUGUUUGUUUCUGUGUGGGAUCAUCCAACAGUCCGAAGAUGUGCAGGCUAGGAGGAUUGGUCACGGAAAAUUCAGGGCUAGGGGGAAUUGGGACGGAUGCUCUUUGGAGGGGCAGCACGAGCCUAAUGCUGUGAAUGGCCUGCUUCCACAGAGUAGAGGCUCGAUGAUUCUAGCUGACAAUGUUAAGCAUUUGGGAAGUGCUUCCAAAGCAGCCUCAGUGAAUUGUUGCACUAGUGCCCUUGCAGAAUGCAGAGGGUGGCACAAUGAUUAUGUCAUGAGGCUAGCAACCCAGAAGCCUAGAAUAAUACAAUGAGGAUACAAUGAAAACUCCAAAUCACCAGUUGAUGGCAUUUUUAUUCAAUUAACAAAUCUGGAAUAUAAAUCUCAGUAAUGAUGUGAUGAAAAUAUUGCCAUUAAAAAGCAGUCUGGUUCACUUAUGAUAUUUAGGGAAGGAAAUCUGUUGUGCUUAUGUGGUCUGCCUUACAAGUGAAUCCCGACACACAGAAAGUGGUUGACACUUGACUGCCUUUUGAAAUUACCUGGCAAGCCACUCAGGGGAAGGCCAGAUAGGGACAGGCAAUAAAUGAUAGCUUCGCCAGUGACUCCCACAUUCAAUGGAAGAAUCAAGAAAAAAUGCCACUGGUGGAAAUGAGCUUUAAAUUGGGAGUUGGUGUGCCAGUCAGUUCUGCUUUGUCCUGGAUGCUGUUGGGCACCUUGGGUGAUGGUAUUGUUUCUGCAGCCAUUAAGACUGGUAAGAAGAAUUCUUUUGCAUCAAUCCUGAUUCUACCCUACGUAUGGUAGAGAAGGUUUAGGGAAUCAGGAGAUGAAUCAUUUUUGGCAAACUAUGCAGCUUUUGACAUAAUGCAGUACCCACGGUAUUUAUGAGGUUGUCAAGUUUAAUUUCUAGUCAAUGAUGACCCUAAGAAAGUUGAUGGCGAGCAGUUCAGUGAUGUUAACUCUAAGGAAUUCACAUGGAAAUCCAUUCAUCCCAGAUCAACAUAUUACAAAGGUCUUUAAAGCUGCAAUAUUUUAUAGCAGAUAAGGGUUUAUUUUAAUGGUGGCACACAUUUCUGUCUUGCCUUUAAAUCAAUUAACAAAUAUAUAGAAUAUUAAUCCUAAAAAAAAACAAAAAUGUUUUCAAAACUAAUAAGUGCUAGCAAAAUAUUGUUAAAUUCCUAAUAAGUCUUCUGUUCACAUAUAUCCAUUUUCAGAACUUCGCUUUAUACAGUGAUAAAUUGCUGCUAUUAUCUUUUUAAAGCUUGGUUAUUUUAAAAUUUCUCUGUCAAAUAUUAAUUAUAUAAUAACUUUUGUAAGCCAAUCACAUUUCUUGCAUGCGUAUUUUAUUAAGCAAAAUUUUGAACAUUAAUUAUAGCCAACAUAUUUUACUAUAACAAAUUGCAGCUUUAAGCCCCCCCAUAGAAUCUGAUAUGCAAAUUGUUUUCAUUUGCUUUGUUUUAUCCUUUUACUUGCAGAGAUCUGUAAUUUACUGCAGUGCAGUUUAAUGCAUUUCUUGCAAAAAAGCAAAUAUUGUCAGCAUUGCUUACUUCACAUUUCAUACAAAAUAAAUAAAUGGAAUUACAGUUCUUCAGCAAAAAGGACACUGAGAGAUUUUUUUAAAUGCAAUAAAUGAUCUUUAAAGCA